AUGCUGACUCGUUUUGGAAGCCCUACCAUCAACAUCGACACGACCAUGGUCGCCCCGAAUAAUGCAGGCAACAUCGUCGAGAUGUCGCAAGAGGAGUCGUCGGCGUCGGCGUCGGCCUCGUCGCAGGCUCAGGCUGCUCUCUCAUCUCUUCCCCCCUACGACGGCACCGCGACCCCGCUCGAGCAGCCUCCGUUUGGCUUUCGCAGCCAACAACGACCGGAACCACCCGCAGACGCCUCCCUCGACAACCGUGAGAGCAGGCCGACCAGUCCCCACAAUGUUUCGAGUCCCGUCUUGCCACGAUCAACCGAUGGAGGAGCAGGCUUCUUGGCCGUGCCCACCAACAUGCGCUCGCGGCAAAACUCUGUCGAUUCGGACGAGGGUGCUCGAUCAGUAACGUCGCACGGUGACACUACGGUAGUUGCCUCCAGCUAUACCCAAGCCGACAAGUUCAAAGCCGGUGGUAACACAAAGAUUAUGAAGGACGAUAAGGCCUUGGCGCCGGAUGCCGGCACCGAGACCGACUUCGUCGUCGACGACAAUCCCUUUGCCUUUUCUCCCGGUCAACUGAACAAGAUGUUCAACCCAAAGAGCCUGCCGGCCUUUUUUGCGUUGGGGGGGUUAAGGGGACUGGAGAAGGGCCUUCGUACUGAUCGCAAGGCUGGGUUGAGUAGCGACGAGACGCACCUGCACGGUAACGUCUCGUUCGACCAAGCCACCGCCACCGACUACAAGGCGAAGCCCGCAGACAUGGACGCCGGCACCGUGGCCCGCACAGACGCCAAGAAUCCUCACGGAGGCGACGCGUUUGCCGACCGAUACCGCGUGUUUCGAGACAAUCGGCUUCCCGAAAAAAAGGGAAAGAGUCUUCUUCGUCUCAUGUGGAUCACCUACAACGACAAGAUCCUCAUUCUGCUGUCCAUUGCUGCCGUCAUCAGUCUUGCUGUUGGGCUCUACCAGACCUUUGGCCAACCCCGCAAAAAGGAGGGAUUGCCUGUAGAAUGGGUCGAAGGCGUUGCCAUUGUUGUGGCCAUUGCGAUUGUCGUCAUUGUUGGGUCUCUCAACGACUAUUCCAAGGAGCGUCAGUUUGCCAAGCUGAACAAGAAGAAGCAGAAUCGAAACGUAAAGGUGGUCAGAUCCGGCAAAAUAAUCGAAAUAUCCGUCUUCGACAUCAUGGUUGGUGAAGUGGUUCACCUCGAACCUGGUGACUUGGUCCCCGCCGACGGAGUCCUCAUUGAUGGCUUCAACGUCAAAUGCGACGAGUCCCAGACAACGGGUGAGUCCGACAUCAUCCGCAAGCGGCCCGCCGACCAAGUUUACGCGGCUAUCCAGAAUCACGACAGCUUGAAGAAGAUGGAUCCCUUCAUACAGUCUGGUGCUCGAAUCAUGGAAGGCGUGGGCACAUACAUGGCCACGUCCACUGGUGUCUAUUCCUCCCACGGAAAGACGCUCAUGUCUCUCAACGAAGAUCCCGAGAUGACACCGCUGCAAGCCAAGCUCAACGUCAUUGCCACCUACAUAGCCAAGCUUGGCGUUGCGGCCGGGCUCCUCCUCUUUCUCGUCCUCUUCAUCCAGUUUCUUGUGCGCCUGCCAAAGCUUCCCGACUCGGUCACACCGGCGCAAAAGGCCCAGAACUUCCUGACCAUCUUCAUCGUGGUCGCGACAAUCAUUGUCGUGGUCGUCCCGGAAGGAUUGCCGCUAGCUGUCACCUUGGCCCUCGCGUUCGCCACGACCCGCAUGCUGAAGGACGCCAACCUGGUUCGUCACCUCAGAGCUUGCGAGGUGAUGAGCAACGCGUCGACCAUCUGCUCCGACAAAACGGGGACCUUGACGCAGAACAAGAUGCAAGUCGUGGCCGGCACGAUUGGCACGUCUCGCCGAUUCGGCAACGCUCGCCAAGGCUCCUCCCAGGCAGAGGGGGACGACGAGGAGAAGGCGGGUGCCGGUGCGGAGCCCUGCGCUGAUGCUCCCGCGAGCGAAGUGACGGCGUCUCUGAGUGGCCCCGUGAGAGAUCUGCUGCUCAAGUCCAUUGCCCUGAACUCCACCGCCUUCGAAGGCGAGGUGGACGGCGAGAAAACGUUCAUCGGCUCCAAGACGGAGACGGCGCUUCUCCUUUUCGCCAAAGCCCACCUUGCCAUGGGUCCCGUCAGCGAGGAACGCGACAAUGCCACCACGUUGCAAGUCAUACCGUUUGAUUCGGGCCGCAAAUGCAUGGGUGUCGUGGUCCAGCUUCCCAAGGGCCGCGCCAGACUCUUUGUCAAGGGAGCGUCGGAGAUCCUUCUGGCCAAAUGCACGCAGAUGCUGUGUGACCCGUGUGUCGACGACUCGGUCGCACCCGUCAGAAAACGUGACUUCUCGACCAUUAGCCGCCUGAUUGAAACGUACGCCUUGCGAUCUCUCCGCACCAUCGCCAUCUGCCACAGGGAUUUCGACGUCUGGCCGCCAAGGUUUGCACGGCUGGGAGACGGAGGCGGCAACGAUUUCUUGUUUGAGGACUUGUUCCAGGAAAUGACUUUUAUCGGCAUGGUUGGCAUCCAAGACCCGUUGCGAGACGGCGUCUGCGAAUCUGUCAAGCUCUGCCAGAAGGCCGGCGUCGUUGUUCGCAUGGUUACAGGAGACAACAAGCUCACCGCCCAGGCCAUCGCCAAGGAGUGCGGGAUUCUCCUGCCCGGGAGCAUCGUCAUGGAGGGACCCGACUUUCGCAACCUGAGCAAGCUCCAGCAGGAGGAAAUCAUCCCCAAGCUCCACGUCUUGGCUCGCUCUAGCCCCGAGGACAAGCGUAUACUGGUCAAGAGACUCAAGGAGAAGGGCGAAAUCGUGGCCGUGACCGGAGACGGCACCAACGACGCGCCUGCUCUGAAAAUGGCCGACGUGGGCUUCUCCAUGGGCAUUGCCGGCACCGAAGUCGCCAAGGAAGCCUCCGCAAUCAUCCUCAUGGAUGAUAACUUUGCUAGCAUCGUCAAGGCUCUCAAAUGGGGACGUGCCGUCAACGACGCCGUCAAGCGAUUCCUGCAGUUCCAGCUCACCGUCAACGUCACAGCCGUUGUGCUCACUUUCGUCACUGCCGUCUCUAGCGACGACGAGGGCUCGGUGCUGACCGCUGUGCAGCUGCUGUGGGUAAACCUAAUCAUGGACACGCUCGCCGCGCUGGCUCUGGCUACCGACCCCCCUCACGACAGCAUCUUGGACAGGAAGCCUGAGCCAAGGGGGGCUCCCAUCAUUUCCAUCACCAUGUGGAAGAUGAUUAUCGGGCAGGCCUUGUACCAGCUUGCCGUCACGUUCCUGCUGUACUACGGGAGCCCGAAAGGCAUUCUGCCGCUGCCCGGCCCGGACGACGUCCCCGAACCCGAUCAGAUCAACACGCUGGUAUUCAACACUUUUGUGUGGAUGCAGAUUUUCAACCAGUGGAACAACCGACGUCUUGAUAACAAGUUCAACAUUUUCGAAGGUCUCACCAGCAAUUGGUUCUUCAUCGCCAUCAGCGUCGUCAUGUGCGGCGGUCAGAUACUCAUCAUGUUCUUUGGAGGUGCCGCUUUCCACAUCGCCGAUCAGCCCGAGGAUCCCCAGAUGGCAGGCACGUUUUGGGCCAUUGCGCUCGUGCUUGGUUUCCUUUCCAUCCCCGUGGCAAUCAUCCUUCGCUUGAUUCCCGAUUGGAUCCUGGUGGCCAUGGUGCCCGAAUUCUUGAAGAAGCGAACGCGCAAUGUUCCCGGCUUGACCGUGUCUGACGAGGAGAUGGACAUGUACCCGGAGCCCCUGGCGGAUGUGCGAGACGAGCUCAAUUUCCUCAGACGCAUGAAGGGGGGACGUCUGAACAAUCUUAAAUUUGCCAUUCAGCAUCCCAAGGAGACAAUCAUGCAACGGUCGCGCAGCCCGUCCCACUCGAGGUCCAACUCGCUGCAUGCGCCACAGACACCGACGCGAGAAGACAGCUUCGGAUCGCCGUUUGCCACACCGGACUCGCGCGCUCGAUCGAGGUCCAACCGGUCCCGAUCCAACUCGGCGCUGGGCGCGCCGACCGUCAUGGCCGGCAUCGUGGCGGCUGGCGUAGCGGCGGGGUGGUCGCCAUCAGGCCGGCCGUCGGCGGAAGAAAGGCAAGAAGGUGGUAACGACGGCAGUGGCGGCGAGGACAAGCGGCCGGAUAAGCAUCGCAGUGACGUGCGUAAAGCGGGGUAG